AGUAGCGCGCUGGCAGCCCCUCUGUUUACUUGUUGACUUCGUGAAGGCGCCAAUAGCAUCGGGUGGUCCGAGAGAGGAAGGCUGCGCCCUCGGGGUUUCCUGAUGGCCUCCUAAUGACGGGGCUGGCUGCUCGGGGACUCGCUGGCUCGUGUCACAUAAACAUCUCUAAGAAAACAAACACGCGGUGACACCCACGGGACAGGAGGCGCUCGCUGAUGAAGGACUCGCCGCCGUGCAGUGAAAUGCGGCUAAGCUGGUCGGGCGACUCUCCUGACUCGUGCCACCUGCUUUGUCUCUUUACAGACCUCCUGUGGCGCUGAAGAACCUGAUCCUGGCGUGAAAAUGGACUCCACGUCCUUUGUGUGCCGGGUCUCCUGGUUACAGCAGACACAAAACAAGAUGACAAGUGACAGAGGCUGAGGGACUCGCGGCCGACUGCACAACGCGAUGCCUUUUGGACAGCGGCUGGCACGAGUUGGCCAUGGCGUACCUGGCAGACACUGCUAAUCUGCAGAUCGCCGCCUUCUGGCUGGGCACGGUGGGCUGGAUUUUGUCAGCGAUCGCGACAGGGCUCAUCGAGUGGCGAGUGUGGUACAUACCCGACAACAGCGUCAUUACCUCUGGCAUGGCCUGGGUGGGCAUAUGGCGAGUGUGCUUCUUCAGUGACCAACUGGUGUCAUCGGAGUACCGCGUCAUGUUUUGUCAAAGCUUCAGUGUUCUGGACAGCUUCGUCCCUGUGGAGGUUUAUGUGGCGCAGGCUCUUAUGAUUGUGGCCAUCAUGUCUGGGGCUGCUGGCAAAGUGGCAUCCAUAUGCGCCUUCCGCAGCAUCUUCUUCGGACUGAUGGACGUCAGGCUCAUCCGGAUCGCCUUCUCACUUGGCGGGACCCUCUACAUGUUUGCCAGCGUCUGCGUUGUGGUUGCUGUGGGCUGGAAUCUCAACUCUGUGGCCACCAACCAAAGCAUUGCCUUUCCUGCCAGUUACUACAUGCCCGCCAGCCCGUCGUCACAAGAGCCUGGCGCUGCCAUCGGCGUUGGCCUCACCUCCUCCAUCCUUCUGAUGUUCAGUGGCAUCGUCUUCCUCACCUACAGGCUGCCACACUCAAGGCAGGUCAAGGUCUUCCCCACCUACCACAGUACGGAGAGCCUGGACUGCGUCAGCGUCGGCUCCAGUGGCACCUUCUACUCGAGGAGCCUGGCAUCAGCUGGCAGCGCUAGACGCUCGGCCACGUUGGCCUACGAGAGGGACAAUCCUGCAUUUCAGUCUCACGAACAUUUGUGACGGUCGCCUGGGCAAGGAGAAGACCGACAGAAGUGAAGCUUUGACAAAUGUGUCCUCGGAGGUCCUUGAAGAGGACAGACUGGCGAGUGAGCGGUGGCCUCGUGUCACCACUAAUGACGGUGCAAAGAUGAGAGACACCUCAGACCCGACCUUACUGUAUGUGCACCUGAAGAGAAGACCACCACCCAAUGAC